AUUUUUAACAAUCCGAAAACAACAGACAUUAAAUUUCUUAUAUCACGAAAGUUCGAGGUGACAAUUCGCUUUAGAAAAUCAGAGAGGAUUAAAGGUCUUCCGAACAGAUAAUUUGCCGAAACGAUCCGUUGGGUGCCCCUGAGAAAUGAUGCAAAGUCCCGAGAUCAAGAGCUCUCUUUUAUCGUUCCGGCAUUCCGGGAAGCUGGUCACGGAUUCCGAGAAAUCUUUGGUUAUUCGAGCGAUCCGAGAACAAAGAAAAGGGAAAUUAUACUUCUUUGCAUUCCUUUCAUUGCGACAGAUUAAAUUAUUCAUUGUUGUCACAUUUUGAUAUUCGUUUUUUAACCCGGUACAAACAGCCUCGUGAUGCGUAUGGUUUGACAGACCCUUAACUCGGUUCUUUUUCUUUGUCGAAUACGGUCCGAAAACUUUCCAACAUGACACUUUGAAACGGUUUGUCCGUCCGAUUUGGACUGUUAAACGAACCGAUAACCGUCUUGUUUACAGUCUGUCAGACCAUAUAGGUCAUAAAGCUACUUUUCGGGCGUAUUAAUACGCUCAUAUGGGAAGAGGAAGUUUGCUGUGUUAAGUCUUGAAAAGCAGCUGGUUGCAAUCGCCUAACGGUGCGUGUGCAGAGCUUGCGUGACUCUUUCUCCAUACCCGCUCACGUGACGUUUAUUUUUCCGGUUUACGGCUCAGUAUUUCGGUCAGCAGUACGAUUAAAGAUGGCGGCAGUUAUCGGAAGCCCGCUAGGGUUUCAAGAACUCUUUACAAAUAUAUCUUCCAAGUUUAACCCAACAGAAUCAGAAGAUGUUGUGCAAUCACUGAAAAGGAAUUAUGGAGGCAAAUUUAACUCGCUCGAUAGUCAAGACUUGCUGUCAUGUUUGCACCUUUUAUUGAAGCAUGGAUUUGUGUCUGACAGCAAACUCACGCUGAUCGAAGAGUUUGUCGCCCCGAAAUCGACGAAACAGAAAGAACAGAUCAAGGAAAUGAUCAAGAGCUUCAAGGACUCUCGGGAACAAGAAGUUGAUUCAGAGAAGGAAUUGCCAGGGCGACAAGAUGAAAUCAAGAAAAUUACGAAAAAGCUUGAAACUAAAGGACAGUCGCUGGUUGUGAAUUUGUUUGGAUCGGCUGGAGUGGGAAAGACAACACUAGCAAAGAAAGUUUGUUCCAAAUGGCAAGGAAAGCGUUUUGUUUGUGAUCUAAGAGAAGCUAAAGAUAUGAAGGCUAUUUAUCUCAACAUGAUGAGUUCCCUUGGACUAACUGUUCCCAUCGGCUACGUUGAUCAGAAUUCUAUUGUUUCAAAAAUUCACGAGAGCAUUCAUGUGUUAAAUCAGCCAGUUCUCUUCCUACUCGAUAAUGUUGAACAGUUCACCACUGGACAAGGGAAGGAAGGCAAGAACUUGAAAACAGCUUUUGUGCAAUUUCUAGGAAGGCUUUCAGAAUUUGAUGGGAAAGACAAGAAAACAUCCUUAAAACUGCUCCUGACAUCCAGGACUCAAUUGCAAGAUUGCAAAAAAGUAGACAAUUUUGAGGUUAAGUCUCUUGAAAGUUCCUUUUCAGAGGAAAUACUGAUUUGCAAGGGAAUAGUAAAUGUUAAUGCCCACCAAAAGAAUGAAUUAAUUAGUAUUUCCAAAGGGAUACCACUUCUUUUGAAAGGUCUGGCUGCUAUUUUGCGACAAGAAAGAAAAUCUCCCAAUGAUCUCAUUGCUGGAGUUGAGAAAGGGAAAAGUGUCACUUUAAAGAAAUCAAAAUUGGGAGACGAUGCCAAAGAAAAGCCAUUCAAUUUUGAAGAAGAAGGGAUGGAUAAAGGUCAGCUGUCUGUAAUUAUGGAAAUGUUCAAUACACUUCCUACUGAUAGCUUGAAAGUGUCUGCUGUAUCAGUUUCAUUGUUCUGUGGUCCUUUCUCUGCUUCCACAGCUGCUGAGAUCCUUGGCCUCAGCCCAACAGAGGCGCUGGCUCAGCUGGAGGGACUGGUAACAAAUGCAAUCAUUUCUGUGGUUAAUGAAGAAGCAAAAGGAGUGAUGUAUGACAUUCACCCACUUUUAAGAAAAUAUGCUGACAGUAUCAAGGAUGAUGAAAAAUUCUGUAUGGCUCACCUUGAAGCCAAGGGACGUUUCCAUCAGCACUUUAUGGCAAAGAUGAAAAAGAUCGCAAAACGGAUUGAGCCUGACUAUGUUAGAGCAUUCCAGUUGUUCGAGACUGACAGAGCAAACUAUGAGUUCACUGUUGAGAUCUCCUUGCACUCAGACUAUUUCAGUGUUCCCGGAGAGUUUCGUGAGAAUGCUUUGAUUGCAUCACUUUUCAAUGCUAUGCUGACUGAGGACAAACAGAUCAAGUUGUUUCAUUCCUGGGCCAAGAUGUGUGAAGAUGAUGGGCGAUCAGGGUCUCUAUGCCGGGCGCAAUUAAAAUGUUGGGAAGCUCGACAAGUUUCAGAUGUUGAUGGAACUGAGAAAGCAUUUGAAGUGUUGAAAGAAGCGUCCUCUUCAUUAGAAAAUGUUCAAGACAAAUCAAGUGAAUCCUACAGGCUCAGCAAAGGACUUCUCCUGUAUUCUGAGGGGGAGAUCUACUGGAGGAAAAGAGACUACAAAAAAGCACUACAAACCUUGGAGUUAUCAUUACAAUUCACAGAGGAACUCCUUAAAGCUCAUACCGAUGUUGCAAGGUGUUACAAUGCGAUUGGAAACUGCCAUUUCCACCUCCAGAAACCGGAGAAAGCACUUGGGUUCUACAAUAUAGCAUACAAAAUGCAAGAGGAGUUGGCUGGUUCAGACUACCACCUCGACAUGCCAAUGUACAAGAAUCAAAUCGGCACAGUGUAUGAGGAUCAGGGAGACUAUGAGAAGGCAGUGAAGUAUUACAAGGAUGCACUGAAACUUUUGGAAGAACUCAAACUCUCAGGUUUUCAUGAUGAAGCUCACUUCUGUAGAAAUCUUGCCAAUUCUCUCAUGUUCCAAGAGAAGUAUCCCGAAGCAGUUGAACCUGCAGACAGGGCCUACAAAAUAAGAAUGAAGCUUCUUGGGAAUCACCCACUGACCGUGCGGAGCAUUUUCCAGCGAGCAGUGAUUCAGGCCAACUUUGGAGAAUUCGCCAAAGCCUUGCAAUUGUUCCUUGAAGCGUGGAAAAUGGAGAAGUCGCUUGGUACAGGAAACCAUAGUGAAGUGUGGCGAAAGAUUAUCACUGGUGUUGAGGACAUGUAUGAAAAGUCAGCGAAAAGAACGAUGUCACAAUAUCUCGCAGUAAUAUUUGGUAAGAAAGGGCAAUUUAGGAAAGAUGCACUGAAGUUUUGCCAGCGCUUCUGGGAUGAAGAGAAACGUUCGGCGCAGUUUAACUUCACCAAGUACAACAAAGAGAUAAUUGAUGCCUUACUGUACCUGGUUCGUGACAAGAAAGACAAGGAUGAAGUUGCAAAGGAGGCCCUAUGGUUCUAUGAAGGGAUGCAGAGUGUUACUAACGAAGAGUUUCAAGAAGAGUUUGAUAAGGAAACAGAUAACAGUGUGCUUAAUAAGAUGUUGAAAGAAAGAGAUGAAUUAUUGGACAAGGUAAUUGAGUUUUGCCGUACCCUUGCCGAGCGUGAAAAACUUACGAGGCACAAAAACAUCAAGUUGGCGCUCUACAAAAAGGUUCUUGUGAGACCAGACUUUGUCGGCGAGAAGGAAGAUGGCUACGACAAAGCGACGCUAAAAAUAAAGGUAGAACAGCUGUACCGAGAUGCUGGUAAGGAGGAAUAUAUUCCACAAUUCCAAGAGAGCCUAUUGAGUACUUGGCAAACGCAGUGGGAAGAAGGGAAAGGUGGAGAGAAGAUGAAGGAGUUUGGUUUGGCAAGGAAGAGAACGAUCACUGGAAUCCUCCAGUUAUGUAAGGAACUUGAGAAGGAAGAAAUGUUCAGAAGAUAUGGAAAAGAAGCACUGAGUUUUUAUGAGAACUUAUGGGAGGUGAAGCAGGCUACGAUGGAACCUACGGAAGAAAUGGAAAAGUUACUCCUUGACGCCAAACGGUUAGCUUCGUCUAUUGGAGACCAUGGAAGGGAGAACAUUUACGACAAGGCAUUACAGACCCUGAAAGGAACUGGAAAACAUCCAGGGGCCUUAUUGGGACUAAAAGAGCAAGAGCUGGAGGAGCUAGAGAGUCCGGAUGAGCAAGAUCCUGACAAGCUAAAAAUACACGAAGGGACCGUAACUAAUGAAGGCACUAACUGGGACCUGAAAGAAUGGGCAGUACACGUGACAUUCCCUCAUGAUGCUGUACCUGAGGCCACCGUGAUAGAUGUCUAUAGAUGGAAAUCCACAGCGUGUUCACCCCAACUCCAAGAACACGAAGCUGUUGUAAGCAACGUGAUUGAAAUCUCGACGAACAGUGAUGAAGCUCUGAAAUUCAAAGCUGGGGUGAAGUUGGCACUCUCCCACAGUGCGGCUGACCUACAUGGCUAUGAACUAGUGGUAUUUAAGUUGACUAACAAGAAGACAAAUGAAUGGGAGGACGUACGGGAAACUGAAAAGUUUCAGAGUCUGUCAGACAUUGAAGACAAAGAUCCGUCGGCCAAAGAUGUUCGUGACUUUCUGUUCCCCAUUGUGCAAGCUGAGAUAACAGAAUGCUCAACCUACGCAGUAGUCUGUCGUCUAAAGUCAUCCACACCUUACAUCAUCACAUCUAACGGUGGUUCUUUCAACCUGCCUGAAUAUCCAUAUGUUUGCGUUACCAUCCCUAUGAAAGCUGUUGCGCCGGAAGCACAGAUCCCUCUGCAAAUAAAGGUGCAAGAAGUUCCUCGUGAUGAAUUUAAAGGCAAAGAGGUUGUGGUUGGACCCAUAUUGCGAAUCUCCUGCCGUGAAGUCGUCGACUUCCUGAAGCCCGUCACGAUCCAGUUGCCAGUGUCUCUAAGAACUGAACAGCUCGGCAUUCCCGAUGUGUCAAAAUUUCGUGUUAGAGUACUAUUUCUGAGGUCCGAGGAUGAGCAAAGAGAAUGGAUUGAAAUCACUGAAGAUCUGAAGAACUCGAUUAGAUUUGACGGCAAGACAGUUAGAUUCCAAGUCCAGCGUUUCUCUGGAUAUACGUUUCUUCUUGUAGGGCGCACAAUAGCCUUCAGUGUUGCGAGCGUUACUGGCUAUCUCUCAAGCCUCGUCAGGUGCCCUCCACAGCUGCCAGUGUUCAUUGCUUACUUUCCUCCAGGAGACCGGCCUGGCUCUCAGGAUGCUUUACAUCUCAUUUGUUGUCCCUCUCACUUGAGACAAAAGGUGACAGAAGAGCUGAAAGAUAAGAACAUUACCUUCCCAAGUGAGGCUGAUUCGCAGAAAGGAAUGAUACCAGGACAUGACAAGGCAUAUGUUUCUCUCUCAGGGGGGAUCAAGGCACUUGACAAAAAUGUCAUGGAAAACGUUUAUCUCAGGUUUGAAGGUGAUAAACGAAUUCAACGUCAAGUUGCAGUUCGUGUGAUCAGUGACAAGGAAUUGUGUGAUGUGAAGUUUUACAGCAGCCCCAAACUUGAGGAAAACAACUUUGUGUGUGAAUUAUGCUUACAAGUACGAAUGUCACCCCUGAAAGGAGAAUUUAAGGUUUGUUCUGAAGUUGGCGUCGCUUCUACAUCACAGAUGGCAUCUCUGCGACAGGAUCCCAUACAUAUCUUGAAAAUUACUCUCCUCGCUGACGAGUGGGCCUCGUCAGCCGGUGGUUUGUCAACGUUAAACAGAGAGCUGGCAAUUAAUUUGGCAGCGCAACCUAAUGUGGAAGUCACUCUCUUAGUUCCUGAGAACGCUCAGAUUACAGAAAAGCACAAGAAGGAGGCUAAGAGAUCUGGCAUAACUAUUGCUAAGGCAAAGGAACGCCCGGGCUAUGAAGAUUCUCUUGAUUGGUUAAGCUGGCCGCCGCAUGACGUCACUAUGGAUGUUGUCAUUGGUCAUGGCAUGAAGCUUGGUCGUCAAGGACAAGUUUUACGAGAAUCUAAAUCCUGUCAGUGGGUUCAAUUGGUGCACACUGCUCAAGAACAACUAGGCAUACACAAAAGUCAUACUAAUGCUGUAUCUGAGGCUGCAAGAAAACAUCAGAUCGAAGUUAAUCUCUGUAAACUGGCUGAUCUUGUUGUACCGGUAGGACCGAAACUGGCAGAAGCUUAUUCUUCAUGUCUGCGAUCUGAGGAAGGCAAGGAUAUUUUUGUCCUCACUCCAGGCCUUUUCAAGGAAUUUGUACAUUUAAAGCAACAUCGUAAUGAAAGCUCCGAGUUCAAAGUGUUGUUAUGUGGCCGCAGUGAUUCUAAGAUUUUCGAGCUGAAGGGGUAUGACAUUGGUGCUAAAGCCUUUGCUGAUCAGGAACUGAACGGGAGACCUUAUCGUCUUCUAUUUGUUGGUGCACCUGAUGGAGAGGAAGACGAGGUAGCAAGUGAAUUACUGAAAUAUGGUAUUGCUAAAGAGCAGCUGACUGUUAGAAAAUUUGUAGAUAGCAGAGACAAAAUGAAAGAGUUGUUCUCUGAAGUUGACCUAGUCAUUAUGCCGUCAAGAACCGAAGGCUUUGGUCUGAUUGCUCUUGAAGCGUUAUCUGCAGGUCUGCCCAUUCUUGUGAGCGGCAAUUCAGGCUUUGCUAAGGCAUUGGGGGACUCCGAAAUUGGCAAUUUCUGUAUUGUUGAUUCCAAAGAGCCCAAAGACUGGGCGAAGAAAAUCAAGGCUGUCCGGGAAAAACAUGGAGAAUGGCUGCAAGAUAUCCAAGCGUUACGGGAAUCCUAUGGAAAGGAGUACAGCUGGGAGAAACAGUGUAUAGAUCUUGUGAAAAAGUUACGAAAAAUGGUUCACAGUGGCUUUCGAAAUAUUCGCGUCCCGAGCAGGAUUCAAACCCACGUCUCCCCGCAUCCUAGUAGGGCGUGAUAUCUGCUACACCAUCGGGAAAACCACGUUGGAUAAGUGGCAACGUAUGGAUGUACUGCCACGCCCCUGACCAGCCUUAGUUGAUGAAAACGCAUCAACUAUGUUACAGAUGGACGUGUUCAUGUAUUUGCAGCCCUCGGCACCGUAGCAAUGCACAACUAAGCACAGGAAUAGUGGAUCACAGUAGAUGCAGCCUUCUGUCCAUGGGCAGUGACCAGACCAGUAGAACAUUAGCACAAGUAGCCUUGAGAAGAAGGAAAAUUUCUGUCAACCCAACAAUGGAGUACCAGCAGGAAACAUGCAGUUUUGAAAGACUGAGACUGUUGCUGAAAGUGCUGUUGGCAACGGCAGUAUGUCAUUUAAUGCAUACGCCCGAGUAAAAGUUGAGAAAAAUCGGCUAUCAUGAAGUUCAACGUUUACCUUUUGAAGCUGAUAAGCCGCAGUUAAUAUCAAUUAUAUAGGAUACCCAAACGAAGUUGAAUCUAAGGUGUUCAUUCUUGGAAAGUGAAUAUUCGCACAAAUAAAUUAUUCACACUGAAACAAAAUGAAUGGACGAUGAGAAUGAAAGUAUAUUUCGCACUGUUUUUGUCUUAUGAGUAUCGUUUCUUUUGUCAGAUAAAUUUGAUAUUAGUUGUUUUUGUUAUCAAGUGAUUGCGUGAAUGCAUCAAUAAAAAGAAUGAGUUAAUAA